AUGGCAAAGUCCAUGUUUUGCUGUGGCCGGGAAACACAUAAUAGGUGUCGGAUCAAAAAUCAUCUAAAGGGAUCCAACCGGAAUUUCAUUCAAAGGAGACUAAUUUUUUUGUUUGACGACUUAAAAAAUAUCAUUGAAAGUGAGGAAUACGACACAAACCUUAGACAAUGCCUGGAGAAAGCAUCUCCAGAUUAUAUCACGUCUAUUGCUAAGCGAAAGAAGGAUAUUCUUAAAGAAGAUCAUGGGAUUGUUGUUGCAGGAGAGACAAGUGCCGGAAAAUCAACUCUUAUCAAUAAAAUAUUAGGAAUGCGAAUUUUCAAGGGUAGAAACUUGGAGUCCACAUCAACUGUUUGCAAAAUACGAAAUUCUGAAAAGGUGGUAAUAAAAAUUGAGUCAGACAAUGGUGAGGUCGAGAUGGAAGAUAUGAGUGACCUUGAUGUAGAAACAAAACAAGGAGAGAAAAUUCUUCGAGAUACUUUGAAGACUCUUACAGAUAUGACUAUUGAGAAAGGCAGUCGAAAGUAUGAAAGUGUUGAUAUUGGAUUGCCAGUUCAUUUUUUGAAGGGUAAUACAAUAAUUGUUGAUACACCUGGCAUUGGUGGUUCUGGAAAGGUCAGUCAGAAAGUGAUGAAAUACUUGUCAAAUGCAGUGUCUUUUAUCUUCGUGAUCAAUGUGGCAAGUGCAGGCGGAAUGCAAAGAGACAGGCUUCCGGAAAUACUAAAAUCUAUUAUCAACUUACAAAUGGAGGAUGAAAUGCCUUGUUUUGAUCCCCGUAGUGUCAUUUUUAUAACAAACAAAUGGGAUUCAAUCAAGAGAGACCCGGAUGACAGCAGUGAUGAAGAUGAGGAAGAAAAAACUUGGAAGAAAGUAACAGGCAGCAUUUAUAGAAACUGGCCAUCAAUCAGGGAAGAGAAUAUUUUCAAAAUGAAUCUAACAGAUCAUUUAAAAAAAGCUUUAGAGAAAGUGGUUAAGGAAAAUGAAAACAUUAGGAUCAAGGAACAUUUCAGAUACCUUUGUACGCUGUUGGAAGAUGUGUACACAGGAGUUCGCACAAGACAAGAACUGACAAACAGAUCAAGAGAAGAACAAGAAAAGAAAACCGAAGAGCAUCAAACGAAAAUUGAUAUGCUAAAGAACAAAUGCACAGCGAAAAGCCAUUUUUGGUGUCAGCGUAUCAAGGACAUUAUUGAACAAAAAGCAAAUACAAGUUUUGAAUACAUGUCAUCAGAUAUCGGAAAAGAAAGAAUCCUGAAUCCAAAAGACUGGCUACCAAUUAUGGAGGUGACAUAUGUUCCAAACGUCCUUGAUGAGGAAGUUCGGGAUAGAAUUGACCGUUAUAUAGAUGAAAAAGUGCGAUCACCUGAAGUAGUUGAAAGAUUCAAGAAUAUUAAAGAUGAUAUUUUGAGUUUCUAUAAAGAAAUUUCUACCGAAAUAGAAAGACUGGAAAAUGAAUGGACGGGGACUCCUACUGUAAUUAGCUCAGACAAGGAAGAAAUUUAUAAAGAGGAGUCAAUUGCUCCUUAUGUAGCUGGAGUAAUAGCUACUGCUCCAAUUUGGUUUCCUCUGCUGGCUGCUGGGUUUGCUAUAGCGGUUGCUUCAGCACCAGUUGUUGCACCAAUCAUCGCUUACUUACGUAGCGAUUCUAGGAAAAAGAAAAUUAUAGAUAAAGAAUAUGAAAAAAGUAAAUCGUUGUUUAAAUCCAAGAUGUGCAACUCAAUGGAAGAAAAUCACGGUGAUGCAUUGAAUAAAUUGAUAUUAAAGAUCACAGACGUUCUUUUGCAAAGAAGGAUAAAAUUCAUCGAAGAAACUAUCAAGGAACUCUCUGAAAACCGGGAUAAAAUUAUUGCAAACCAAAAGAGUUUAGAUAGCCUUUCAGAACAGAUCAAGUCUAUUAAAGAAGCUGCCGAAGAACUAAAGCAAACAUUAAAUACCUCUUCAACUUAAUUAAUACGAGUAACACAAUAUUCUAAAAGGAAAAAAAGUACUUACAAAGUUUCCAAGACUUGCAACAUAUAUUCACUGUACUUAUGUGUUAAAAUGACAUUGAAGAAAAUGUCAUUAUGGAAUUAAAAUCUUUAA